CCUUGGCGCUCUACCAAAGGUCCUCCUGUUUUGUUGGGCGAAGCAAUGGCAAAAUGGCAGUCAAAUCAAAACGAAUGCCUAAUUCCAUUCAUCUUCACUCCCUUCUCCAAAAUUUCAGGGUCCUUAUCCUUUCCACCAUUUCCAAUCCCAAUUCAACGUCCACCAUUCUUCAUCAUCCACACUCUCAACCUAUUCGUCCAAAUUUUGUUGGUACUCAGAUAACCAAUUUUAUCCUCAUAAUUUUGAUCCUAAACCUUGAUACUAUCAUCAUCCUCUCUUUCUCUUUCUCUUUCUCUUUAAUGUAUCUAGUUUUCAUGCCGCAUUGAUACAUUUAUAAUUGUUCAUUUUAUCAUACUCUGUUCGCCCUUCGCGCAGAGGCCGAUUGGGGAAUUGAUCUCAACUUGCUCGUCGCGUGGGGCAGAAACACACAGACUCGACAUCAUCAUUCUCCUUGGAUAACACGGAUACUUUUUGUUGUUUGAUAAGUAUAUUUAGUUUGGGGCACCUGAUUGCCCAAAUUUGAUCAUGAUGAUGAUGAUGAUAAGUCCGUGCACUUUCCUAUGUUGGAUCAUACUUACAACCCCCUUCACCGUUCAUGUGGUGCUUUCGAAAACUGAUCCCCGCCAAGUUUCAGCCCUCAAUGACAUGUACCAGUAUUUGAAUCCCCGCGACAAACUUGCUGGAUGGAAAUCAAAUGGAGGAAAUCCUUGUGAUGAUUCUUGGAAGGGUAUCACGUGCUCCGGUUCAGAUGUUACUGAAAUUAAUCUAUCUGGCUUGGGGCUCACCGGAUCACUAGGCUUCCAGCUUGAUAAGUUGGACAAAGUUACCUACUUUGAUGUGAGCAAAAACAACCUGAAGGACAACAUACCAUACCAACUUCCUCCUCACACACAACAGCUAGAUCUUUCUGGAAAUCAAUUCACUGGAACUGUGCCUUAUUCAAUUUCUCAGAUGGCUGAUCUUAAAUCUUUGAAUCUUAAUCGUAAUAAGCUAAGUGGAUCACUGAGUGAUAUAUUUGGAAAACUUACAAAACUCACUACGAUGGACCUCUCCUACAAUUCAAUAUCAGGCAGUUUGCCUCAGGGUCUUAAAUCCCUCUCAAGCCUCAGCAAAUUGCACAUACAGAAUAAUCAAUUUACUGGAUCAAUAGAUGUUCUAGCUGAUCUUUCGCUUGACAAUUUGAAUGUAGCAAACAACCAAUUUAAUGGCUGGAUUCCUGAUGAGCUGAAAGACAUCAAACAUUUAGAGACCGGAGGAAAUAGGUGGUCUUCUGGACCAGCUCCUCCUCCGCCUCCUGGGCAGAAACCACACACGAGGAAGUCAAAAAAGGAAUCUGGAAAAUCUGGCCUGUCUAAAGGAGCUAUUGCUGGGAUAUUAGUGGGUGUUUUGGUGGUACUUGGUGUUAUAAUUGCUCUACUUUCAAGAAGAAAAAGAUCUUCAUCAACCUCCUCCCAUUUUCUUGAAGAAAAUAAGUUAAGCCGGCGUCAACCUUUUACUCCUCUUUCUUCUCAGGAGUUAUCUAGUGAUGUUCAUGCCAAGAUGCAGGAGGACUUCAAAGAUUCAUCAUCCGCUACAGAAAAACAUCUGCAAACAUCUUCCUCAAUGGGUCUUAGGCGUCUUAAUUCAGAGCGUCACAAGUCCUUUAACAAGAAGGAGAUGGCAAAUGUUCCAGCUUCAGAUCAUCUCAAGGCGUUCAACGAUAAAGAGUUCGCAAAUCCUUCGAAUGUUAAAAGAAGCAGUUCAAUUAAGAUACCUCAGUAUUCAUUAGCUGAUUUGCAGAAUGCAACUGGUAACUUUGCAGGUUCUAGCCUUCUUGGUGAGGGAUUAAUUGGUCGAGUAUACAAGGCAAAAUAUCCAGAUGGCAGGGUUUUGGCGGUAAAGAAAAUAGACUCCUCUUUUUUCCAAGAUGGGCAGAGAACAGAAUUCACAGAAGUUGUUAACAUAAUGUCCAAGUUUCACCAUGCAAAUAUAGUUGAAGUUAUUGGUUAUUGUUCAGAACAGGGACAGAAUAUGUUAAUCUUUGAGUAUUUUAGAAAUGGUUCGCUUCAUGAAUUUCUACAUGUGUCGGAUGACUUCAGCAAACCGCUAACAUGGAAUACAAGAGUCAGAAUCGCUCUAGGCACUGCUCGUGCUCUUGAGUACCUGCAUGAGGUUUGUUCUCCAUCCUAUCUCCACAAGAAUAUAAGAACUUCAAACAUUGUGCUAGAUGCUGAAUUGAAUCCUCAUCUCUGUGAGUGUGGCUUGGCAAUGUUUCAUGAGCGUGCAAGCAAAAACUUGAAUGCUGGGUACACUGCUCCGGAAUGCACAAAACCCUCUGCAUAUACUUUGAAGAGUGAUGUUUAUAGCUUCGGAGUUGUCAUGUUGGAAUUGUUAACGGGGCGCAAGCCUUUUGACAGUUCAAAGCAAAGAUCAGAACAGUAUCUGGUCCAAUGGGCAUCACCGCAACUACAUGAUCUAGAUGCCUUGGAGAGAAUGGCUGAUCCUGCUCUGCGUGGACUUUAUCCUCCUAAAUCUCUCUCUAGAUUUGCUAAUGUGACUGCUCUGUGCGUUCAGUCGGAGCCAGAAUUUCGACCAAACAUGUCUGAGGUGGCCCGUUUAGUUCAAAGGUCGAAUAUGAGCCAGAGAGAUGAUUUAAGUGCGUCUCGGCGAACAAAUGAUGAUGAUGAUGAUUACUGAUUUCAGGUUCUCUGCCAACUUGACGAAAUGAGGAAGAGUACUUGUGUGUUUCUCUAUUCUUUUUCUUUUCCCUUAUUUCGUUCAGUACUUUUGUGUCCAAAGUUAAAUCUGCAUAAAAGGAUAUAUACUACGUUUGGAAUUGGGAUAAAGUAUAUCUUCCUUGCAAUAUGGCUCUUUUACAGCACAGAAUUGAUAAAAUAAACAUCAGAUUAUAAACACGACCCCGACCCUACACGAGAAAGAUUAGGAAAAAGGAAGAAUGCAAACUGAUUGGAAAAACUAUGCUACUAUGUAGCAUCAAAUAAGUGGUGAAAGCAUUUCAUUUUGCUUAUAACAUAACAACAGGUGAAAGUUGUAACUUUUCUUACUUGUCAGGAUGAGACUGUAUGACGAGUAAUUAUAAUCUUUUCAUCCUUAAGAAUACGUGACUACCACUUUUUAUGUUCAUCUUCUCCCGUAAGAAAUGAAGUGUUAAGAGUUGUAUUGAUUUUACCCAUCAAAUGAUUAAAGACCUUUGUCGUCACGAUGAUGAGUAUUUUGAGUAUCGCAAAGCGCUUCCAGUAGAUUAUUCUUGAUCGAAUAUGAUUUUUUUGAGGAUCAAACUCCUUAAUUUUCUAUGUGAAUUUAGACAUAGAA